AUGCAUCUAAAGCUGGCGUACGACACGUUCUCUCCCGCGGUAAGCCCGCCGUGUGCGUCUUCGCUCGCUUGGACAUCCGCUUUGGUCGGAGGGAUCACCAUUCGCGAUGACGACCUUGCAGCAAGCAUGGUGCUGUUCUUCGUCCUGCUCGUCUUUCUCAUCGUCGGCCUCCUGCGCACCUACCAAGGAAGACACCUUCUGGACGUCCUUAUCGUCUUUGCCCCGACGCUCAGCUUCGUCUUCUGCCUCACCGCCUGGUCCGCUCUGCGCGCUCACCUCUCCCACUCUCUGCAUGCCUCUUCGUUAGACGCGCUAUUGGCCCAGGCGAACUUGUCAGAGCUCGUAGCCGCGAAUGGACUGGUGAGUUGUUCGCCAAUGUUGUUGUGCGAGACGAUAUUUCAGGUGUUCGGGCUACUGGCGAAGCGGAUUGCACCGAGAGGACGCAAGUGGGUCCAAUAUACAAGUUAUGUUGCUCGGCUGGCGAAUGCGAUUGCGCUCGUCAUGGGGGUUGUGGCUGCAUGUGAUUUCGCUUCCUACUUGACCGCAUGGCUGGACCAGAUCAAAUUGGUGUCCUUUGUUUCGGACCGCGGCGUUCAAGGCUGCAGCACAAACGUGCUCGGAAGAGACUUGACACUUUUGCCCCUGAUGGCGGAUGGGCUGGAGCUCGUCGUCCUGUUCGUUUUGACCGUACUUACUAUUUGCCUGUGUUUGCGCUACCGCUUAGCAACAGGUGUCGUAUUCCACGUCGUCGCGAUCAUUUCCUGUCUGGAACUGCACUUCACCUGGAAAUGCGUGCGUGACUGGUCCGCGGUGCAAAACUACCUCAACGGUCAAUGGACCAAGUCCGAAGCAACACUGGACGCAAAGUUGGGAGACCUCGCCAAGCGCAUCCGACACGGAGCCGAUGACGCAACGCUCUUCUACCUGCUCGGAAUGGUUCCGCUUGUACUAGCAAUGGUGCUGAUCUACACGCUCGACCUCACCUCGUAUACCAACCCACCACCCACGCCCGCCGAGGCGCAUGAUCACCUUUCUACUCAAUUCCAUCUGGUUCUCGACCCGACCUCGCCACGGAUCGAAUUGCUGUCAACUUCCAAGAACGCAACUCAAGCAGCCGCAAAAGGAGGCAGCGGCGGUGACGGCAAGAAGGACGCUGCUGGUGGCAAAGGCGGUGGAAAGCCCAAAGAAGGUGGUGCCAAGGCAGGCGAGAUGUACGUGGUCAAGCGGGGUUGGUUUGGCGGAUGGAGCGUGCAGCCUGCUCAUCGCGAUGGCGGAUGGGCAGCCAAGGCUAAAAAGCGUGCGCAGCGUGGUGCUCAGAGCUGGGUGCUUGGAUGGUCUUCCGAAAGAAACGGUGCACCUGCUGGAUAG